AGUUGUUUGCUUGUCAUUUCUCAAAAUCCACUCACUGCUGGUGCUGAGUUUUGUUGGUUGUUCUGCUCCUGCUUUUCAGUCAUGGAUCAAGUCGCGUCGCACAUUUCGCAGCAGAUUGAACGCGGAAGGCUGAGAUUGCCUGGAGUGAGCUCGCCGGUGGUCAACUGCCGCCAAUUGGGCGUUGCGACGCAGCCCAUCCCGCGCUACCGUGCCACCGACGAUGCUGCCAGGCUCGCCCUGAGAAGCAAGACUCCGUUUGUACUGCUAGACUCGAGUAUCGCAGCACCAGCAGUCGAGCGCUGGGAUUUGGAGUUUCUCAAGGAGCAUUUGGGAAUGUCCAACACGGUGUUUGUGUCGAGCACUGGCAAAGUCAAGUACUUUGAUGAGACUCGCCUGACACCGGGACAGGAAGCAUCACAUCAUGAUGUGCGGAAGCUCACCAUGCGAUUCGCCGAAUUUCUCGAGUGCAUGGCGGUCGCAGCACGUCAGACCGAACGAUUUGCUCCACGACCACAAUCGAGUUGCAACGAACCAACGACAAGCACACAACGUGAUUCUUGUUGUCAACCGACAGCAGCUGCUGCUGUUGCUCCUGCUGAUGCUGCUGCUUUUGAUUCAAAUUCGCAACAACCGCCAGCUGCCAGCGACGACUCUGCAGCACGCAUCGCGUCGCAAUUUGGCAUUCAUUCCGGGGAUGUCGUCUACUUGCAGCAAGGCCUCUCGAACAGCGUCGGCUUGAAAAUAGUCGAAUCCUUUCUCCAGUUCAACUGGAAAUUGCUGGCAGAGCUCCAGCGCGACGCGAAUUGGAGCGACUUGACCACCAACCUCUUGCUGGUCAGCAUGGCUGGUGCAGUCACUCCCGCCCAUUACGACGAGCAGGAAAACCUCUUUGCUCAGGUGCGCGGUGCCAAGCGGUGUGUGCUCUUUGCUCCCGAUCGCUUUCCGUGCUUGUAUCCGUAUCCAGUGCACCAUCCGUGCGAUCGGCAAAGUCAGGUCGAUUUCGACAACCCGGAUUUGGCGCGGUUUCCACGAUUUUCCGAGCUGCAUGGAUGGGAAUGCAUUCUGGAGCCUGGCGAAGUGCUCUACAUUCCCGCGUACUGGUGGCAUCACGUUGAGUCGCUCACCGAUUCCGUUUCCGUCAAUUUUUGGUAUCUCGUUGGCCCUCCCGAGAUUGCCCAUCCCCUGACCUACCAGCAGAAAAUAUCCGUCAUGCGCAACAUUGAAAAGAUGCUGGGCGAGGCUCUAGGCGAUCCUACGCAGCUGUCCAGCUUGCUGUCGGAUUUAGUAUUAGGGCGGUACACGCACUGAGCUGCGCGUCGUGAAUUGAGCUUGUUCUUGUGUGUUAACGAUGAUGGCGCUCGAGGAUGUAUAUGUAUGUAUGUGCGUAUUACAAUUCUGAAAUUAUUGUCAAGCCCA